AUGGGGAAAACAGGAUGGAAGAACCAAACAACUGUCCGAGAAUUCAUUCUGCUGGGAUUUGGGGAUCUUCCGAAGCUGCAAGUUCUUCUCUUCCUGGUAUUUCUGACCAUUUACUUGGUGACUCUGUCUGGGAACCUCCUCAUUGUUGUGCUUGUUGUAGUUGAUCGCCACCUCCACACCCCCAUGUACUUCUUCUUGGGGAACCUGUCUUGCUUGGAGAUCUUGUACAGUUCAACGGUUCUUCCAAGAAUGCUGGCCAGAUCCUUGACUGGGGUGAAAACUAUUUCAUUUGGAGGUUGUUUUGUGCAGUAUUACAUCUUUGCUUGCUUAGCCGGGACUGAAUGUUACCUCCUUUCUGUGAUGUCUUAUGACAGGUACUUAGCGAUUUGUAAACCACUGCAUUAUGUGGUCCUUAUGCAUGGCAGGAUGUGUUGCCAGCUCUCCUUCGCAUCCUGGGUAUGUGGGCUUUUGGUUAGCACCAUUACAACCAUAUCAAUGUCAUUGUUAUCCUUCUGUGGCCCCAAUGAAAUUGAUCAUUAUAUAUGUGACUUAAGACCCAUGUUAAAACUCUCCUGCAGUGACACCUCUUGGGUGGAACUCAUUGUUUUCAUUUUUGCCUGUACAUUCACCCUGCCGCCCUUCCUAUUCACCACAAUCUCCUACAUUUAUAUCAUACUCACAGUCUUAAGAAUUGCAUCCACUACUGGAAGGAAGAAAGCAUUUUCCACCUGCUCCUCUCACCUCUGUGUGGUUGGUCUUUUCUAUGGGACUCUCAUAAUUGUCUAUAUGCUACCAAAAGUCUUUAUCCAGAGACAGCUCAACAAAGUAUUUUCUCUCUUCUACACCAUUCUCACUCCUAUGGUGAAUCCCCUCAUAUACAGCCUGAGGAACAAAGAUGUGAAGGGAGCUUUAGGAAAACUCCUUGGGAAAUGCCCACCCUGA